AUGAGGACUCUUAAACUUCAGCUCGACUACGUUCUGGCGAGGAACAUUCCUCAGUCAGAUAUCCGAAAAUCUAGAGCUGUUUGGGACGUCGCGUUCGACUAUGACCACCGUCCAGUUCUUUUCAGCUUCAAGAUACGGUUCCACAAGAGAAACCGAGGAGUUCCUCUUCAACCGAAAGUCGACAUGUACGGACCACGAAGAAGGUUAGCGAUGCGGAUUCCUUCACAAGUGCAUCCAGGACGCUGCAAGGGAAACGCUCCCGGUUCUAUUGCCGCGGAAGAAGUUUGCCUUUGCAUCUGCGGAAACAAAAUCCACAUACAACAUUCUGCAUGUGUCGCGCGCAGCGCUGGUGACUUCAACCAGGAAAAAACGAAGCUGCGUCGUCAACUGCAACAAGACCGCGAUAACGAGUGGACGUCAAGGGCGGUGAAGUUUGAGAAGGCGUGGGAGGACAGUAACCCGCGGAAAGCCUACGCUCUAAUAAAACAGUAUAGCGGCAAAAUGAAAAGAUGUUCCCAUGUCCUCAGCACUGCUAAUGGGGUAGCUGUCGGUGAAGCAACCCUUCCAAUUUGGAAGGAACACUUCAAGACCUUGCUGAACCGGCUAGCACCAUCAGCUCCUGAACUCGAACACGUUCAUAGACUGACAUAUGCGGUUAACGAGGAGCCACCGACCGAGUCGGAGGUCCUGGUCUGUAUUCAGAAAAUGAAGAAUGGAAAAUCUGGUGGAGACGACGGGAUUAGAGCAGAAAUGCUAAAAUAUCUUUCUCCGUCUGGGAUUCGUGAGAUGACAAAGAUCAUCCGUUCAAUAUGGAUAAACGAAAAGAUACCUGAUUCGUGGAGACACACUAUCACAAUUCCCCUCCACAAGAGGUUAUCCGUUACGGACCCAAGGAAGUAUCGAGGAAUCUCUUUGCUGCGUAUUAUGUACAAGGUACUGGAGCGCAAUAUCCUGGACCGACUCAUUAAACAUCGCGAAGAAACAACGCGCGACGAGCAAGCUGGCUUUCGUCCUGGCCGAUCUACGAUUGACCAGGUGUUCAUCGUCAGGAGAGUGAUCGAAAUCUGGCGGCGGUAUUCGAAGCCAAUGCAACUAGCGUUUCUGGACUUUGAAGCCGCGUUCGACUCUCCUCGCCGAGGCCUUCUUCUCAACGUGUUUCGCGCUGAUGGAGUACCAGGAAAGUUCGCUUGCUUGCUUGAUGACAUGAAUCAACGAACAACUGCUGCAGUUCGAACACCAGCUGGAUGUACAACACCGUUUGAAGUGGUGAACUGGAUCGACCAGUAUCCUGCCGACAUUGUCUUAGCACCAUCAGGGUGCCCCUUGACUGACCUCGAGUACGCCGACGAUGUUGUUGUAUUCGCGGAAAGCAGUACGAAACUUCAGCAUGUUGUCAACCUUGUAUCGAGGCUGGCUGCAGCCUACGGACUACGCCUACGCCCUGAUAAAUACAAGCAGAUGUGGAUCUCCUCGAGACCUCGAACUGGAAUAAGGGUGGACGGACAACCGAUAGAAUUCGUCGAUGAGUUCUGUUACCUGGGCUGUAUGCUGAAGAACAACGGUAGCUACGAGAGAGAUGUUCAGCAAAGAUGCGCUAAGGCCACUUCUGCAUUUAACUCCUUAAUGAAAUGUCUGUGGUCGACCCCCAUCACCAACGAAGUCAAGCUGCGAGUCCACUAA